AUGGCCUCGGUUGAGCGUUUGCUGCAAGAGAAAGGUGUCUUUUCUCCAGACGAAAUAGAAUCUAAGAGAAUGGUUGUGUCCGAAUUUUGCCAUCUUUUGGAAAAAUCGAAACAGCUUUUUAAUGGCCUGAGGGACCUCCCACAGUAUGGGCACAAACAAUGGCAGACCUAUUUCGGUCGGACUUUUGAUGUUUAUACAAAGCUUUGGAAAUUCCAACGCUUGCAUCGUGCUGUACUUGACGAAAUGUAUGGAUUGACGCGUUGGCAGAUCGGUGAAAUCGCCUCCAAAAUCGGCCAGCUCUAUUACCAUUUCUAUCUUAGGACCAGCGAUACUGAGUACCUCAUGGAGGCCUCCUCUUUUUUCACCGCCAUACGAGAACGCAAGUACUUUGCCCACAUUAGUAAGGAGAAUCGUUCCGAACAGGCUGUUAAAAAGCUUCGUUACUAUGCCCGAUUUAUCAUCGUCUGCCUCUUGUUGAAGAGGGUUAGUGCCGUCCGGGAUCUCAUUAAGGAGUUAUCCAACCAAAUUAACAAUUACACUGAAUCCUUUGAUUUGGUCGAACAUGCUGAGUGGAAAAAUGUUGUUCAGGAGAUCGAGGACUUUAUUGACGCGGAUGAUGUCUGCACCGUUCUUAGCGGUGACUCGACUCCCGUCGUGAUCACCAAUCGGUUAACGCAGUUCAACUGUCCCGGGUUUGAAAAAGCUAUUGCUCACAGUGGCGGAAUAAAACCUCUGCAGCUCUCCGAGAUCAUUAUCAUCGGCAAUUGCUUUGAACAAAUCCGAUUCAGCGAGAUCACUCUUGACAUGUUCCGCAUCCUCCAGUGUGUAGAGCGCGAUCCUCAGGACAACUUCGGUAACACAACUGUCGGUCUACGGCCGCAAAGAAGCCUCGAAAAUGGCGAUGACUGUGAUGCCCCUGUGACUGGAGUUGUUGCCCCUGGCGAACGAAAAUGUAAAAAUCCGCACAAAUACCUUCUCUACAAGCCGACAUUCUCGCAGUUCAAUUGCUACAUGGCUGCGGGAUUCAAGGAUCUACCAGCUGAUGGAGUGCUCCUUCUCUACCUUUCUGCUGAUGGCUUGAGAUCAGUCAGCAAACCGCAGAAUGAUCACUUGCGAGGCAGCGGCUACGAGGUUGGUGGUGUUGUGACGAAUGCCCAACGGGAGUCCACCUCUGUGGUGAAAUCGCGCUUCAAAGGUCACGCUCGGGAGCCGCAUUGCAUUCACCCUGGCGACCUCUACGCCUACACCCGUAAGCCUCUCUUCCUCAUAAUUGACAGCGACAACAGUAGCGCUUUCAAGAACUUCCAAAGUCUUUUCGGCCAACCACUGGUUGCUUUACUCUCACCCGACACUCUUCCCGCCGUCUUCGAUAACGAGCGUCGAAAAGGCAAUCUAUUCACCCUCUUUCUGCACUGUCCGCUGACGGCGUAUCUACACGUCUGCGGGCUCAAAUCCAUCAGUUUGAAGACAUGGGAGAGAGCACAGGCCUUGGUGGACUCUUUCAUGGGCGAAUGUUGUCGGAUUUUAUUCAGGGCAAGGCAUUUAGACCCAGGAAUGCACCAAUUCCUCUUUGUGGACUUCCUCCGUGUCUUUGUCCUCCGUUUCUGUUUCUGCAGUAUGGUCUUUCGACUCCACCGCGACUUCCACGACUACCCCGUUUGCCAGCCCCCUCUACCCACUGCCGAGCUGAUGGAAAGUUCUUUACUGCAGAAGAUCCUCUCAGACCUUGCAGUGCUGGUCGACUCGCAGAAUCUCUUUGCCUCAGCAAACGACUUCUCCCGCGACUGGAAAGCGGAGACUGCGGUGUCUACUCGGUAG